AUGUCCGGUCCGGGCAUCCAGCUAUUCACAGGAGGAGAUCGAUUUACCACUAUUACACCAGAUGACCAUGGCGGGAUUCUUUGGGUUGCUUCCAUUAUUUGUGCCAUCUACGUCUUCCUCAGCAUGGGGCUGCGCGCCUGCUUUUGUUUUCAGUUCAUUGCUGAAGCACAAUAUAUUGCUAUUUUCUUUGGUUUGUCUGACGGAUUGGGGAAAUAUGAUGGCAAUUUUGGCAAAGCUCAUAUUCGGAGAAUCGGGCGGUCCCUACUCCUCAGCGAGGUCUUCUUUCUUUUAGGGCUGCUACUCGCAAAGGUUUCGCUUAUCUUGUUGAUACGCCGCCUGUUCAGCCCUGAUAUGAGGACGCAUAUUUUGACAUGCGAUGCAACCUUGGUCUUAAGCAUACUAUGGGGCGUUGGGUCCAUGCUAGGCGCAUUGAUCAACUGUUCUCCCGCUGGGUUGAUGGCCUUCGCCAACGGCACUUGCAGUGAUAUUGUCCUACGGUGGCAGGUCAUUGGCACCCUUGACGCAUUUACCGAAUUGAUCAUCUUUGGAGUGGCCAUAUCAGUCGUCUGGGGAAUUCAAAUGACUCCCUCACGAAAAGCCCGUGUGUUGAUGGCCUUUAUACCCAGGCUUCCGAUCAUUAUUUUUACCAUCCUCCAUAUCGAACGCACGAUGGGAUUUACCAAAAAACCCAAACCUAGCGUCAGCAUCGUAGCGCCCCUAGUCUAUCAGCAAAUCGAGCUGUGCUACUCUCUUGUAUCCUGCACCAUCCCUAAUCUCGGCGGAUACCUACUCAAAUUCAACACUGGCAUGGGCAUCACACUCGGAUACGUAUCGGAGCCAUACGGCUCAUCCAGAGAAGCUGGAGGCUCUGGUAGUGUACAACUAUCGUCCCUGAAAAGCAUUCAGAAAGACAACAAGCCGCCGGCCUCAGACCCCAGCAAACCAAGUAACUACUGCUUCCUUCGACCCGAGCAGUAUGAAUACCGAGCCUACGUCCGAAGCGCUGUUAACAGCCUAGAGAUGAACUCCGGCGACGGUGAGGUUGACGACCGAUCACUCAGUUCUCGGGGUGGCCAGUCCGUGCCAUCUGCACAAUAG